AUGGAUGACUAUGAUAUCAGGUCUGCUGCCAGCAUUUUAGCAUCUGUUAAAGAGCAAGAAGCUCGUUUCGAGCGGCUUACCCGUGCACUUGAGGAAGAGCGGCGCAAUGUCUCCUUGCAACUUGAGCGUGCCAAUCAGCCAGCAGACCGAAUGAGCAUUUGCAACAUUGGCAAUGGGCAGCCACUGGCAACCGCCUGGCAGCAGCUUGUACUGCAGAUGAGGGACCUAGCUUGUACUUUUGGCUCCUCUGUGCAUGAACAAAGCCCCAGUAACCAGACAUCAAUAGCAAUGAUGCAAGAGCCUCAAGAAAUGGUGGAAGAAACAGUCACUGUGGAGGAAGACCCAGGCACUCCCACUUCCCAUGUGUCUAUUGUCACUUCUGAAGAUGGUACCACAAGAAGAACUGAAACCAAGGUUACCAAAAUGGUCAAAACAGUCACGACAAGAACAGUGCGCCAGGUGCCGCUUGGCCCCGACGGCCUGCCCUCCAUGGACGGCUCAUCUCCCAUGGGCAGCUACACAGAUUCCAUAGACAGAAGGUACAUGAAGAACGGGGAGCGGUACAUCACACCACAAGCAUCAUCCACCUUAACCAGAUCUUACAACAACUACAGUGAUCCUUACCCCGAGAGCCACGAAGGCCAGUACCGCCCCUACGUCAGCCACGAUGGCUAUGGAGAGCUGUCUGAUAACUACGGCAGCUUGUCUCGGGGUGUCAACUACCGGCCUCGCUAUGCCUAUGUGCCAGGAAACACUUACAGGCCGGAUGACGGUAGCUUCACUUUGCCAAGCAGAAGGGAUAACUAUGGUCCUGUUGCCCAGCCUCAGGUGCCAGUGGGUAGCAAUGUUGACUUGAACCGCUCCCAGCCAGAACGCUUCCAGCCGGAGCCCUAUGGACUGGAAGAUGAUAACCGCAGCCUUGGAGUAGAUGAUGAAGGGUAUGAACUGGAUCCUGAUUACUCCACUGUGAACCGGAGGACGUCUGCAGGUGUGCCAGAGAGAGGAAGACCUCCCAAAGGAAGAGGCUACGAUGACCCCAUCGAGACAGAGAUGGUUGAAGAGAGGAUACCUUACCUCCAUGGUGGCUACGCAGCACCACUGGCACAGCCAGAGAGAGGAAGCAUGGCCAGCAUUGACCGGCUGGGGAAGCGUUCUCCCUCCAUUGACAGCAUUCGUAAAGACCCCCGGUGGAGGGACCCCGACCUCCCUGAAGUCAUCGCCAUGCUCAGCCACCCCAUUGACCCGGUCAAGUCCAACGCCGCAGCCUACUUGCAGCACUUGUGCUAUGAGAAUGAUAAAAUCAAAAAGGACGUGAGGCACCUUAAAGGGAUUCCUAUCUUGGUGGGCCUGCUUGAUCAUCCCAAGCCAGAGGUCCAUCGUAAAGCCUGUGGGGCUCUCAGAAACAUCUCCUAUGGGAAAGAUAAUGAAAACAAGGUGGCUAUAAAGAACUGUGAUGGGAUCCCUGCAUUGAUCAGAUUAUUGCGAAAAACAAAUGACAUGGAAGUCAGAGAGCUGAUUACAGGUACCCUGUGGAACUUAUCCUCCUAUGAGUCCUUGAAGAUGGUCAUCAUCAACCAUGGUCUGCAGACCCUUACCAAUGAGGUGAUUAUACCCCAUUCUGGUUGGGAGAGUGAGCCUAAUGAGGACUCUAAGCCUCGUGAUGCUGAGUGGACAACUGUCUUCAAGAACACUUCUGGUUGCUUACGGAAUGUAAGUUCAGAUGGAGCAGAAGCACGCAGGAGACUAAGAGAGUGUGAUGGCUUGGUGGAUGCCCUCCUUCAUGCUCUACAGUCUGCAGUUGGCAAGAAGGAUACAGACAAUAAGUCUGUGGAGAACUGUGUGUGCAUCAUGAGGAACCUUUCCUAUCAUGUCCACAAAGAGGUCCCAGGAGCUGAUAAGUACCAAGAGCUAGAUGCCAAUCAGACUGCAAGCACAGGAGGCUCUCAGAAGAAGAAGAAAGAUGAUGCUGGUUGUUUUGGGGGGAAAAAAGCUAAAGAGGAGUGGUUCAAUCAAGGAAAGAAGAAUGGAGAUUUGGACAGGAAUUUUGAUACACUUGAUUUGCCUAAGCGGUCUGAAGCAGCAAAAGGCUUUGAAUUACUGUACCAGCCAGAUGUGGUCCGAUUGUACCUCUCCAUCCUUACUGAAAGCCAGAACUUCAACACUCUGGAAGCUGCAGCAGGGGCUUUGCAGAAUCUCAGUGCUGGCAAUUGGACAUGGUCCACCUACAUUCGUGCAACAGUGCGGAAGGAGAGAGGCUUACCAGUGCUUGUGGAGCUGCUCCAGUCUGACUCUGACAAGGUGGUGAGGGCUGUGUCAAUUGCCCUGAGAAACCUUUCCAUGGAUCGUCGCAAUAAAGAUCUUAUAGGUAGUUAUGCUAUGGGUGAGCUGGUAAGAAAUUUGCCCAGCAGGCAGCAGAGAUCUGCAAAGAACCUGGAAGAGGAUACAGUGGUCGCAGUAUUGAAUACCAUCCAUGAAAUCAUUACUGACAGCUCAGAAAAUGCAAGGUCUCUGAUCCAGACACAGGGCAUUCAGAAGCUGGUAGCUAUCAGCAAGUCAAGCCAGUCUCCCAGAGAAACAAAAGCAGCAUCUCACGUUCUUCAGAUGAUCUGGAGCUAUAAGGAGCUACGAAAUGCCCUGCAGAAGGAUGGGUGGAACAAAUCACACUUCCAGUCUGUUUCUGCAACUCCAAAGGGUUCCAAAGGUUCUGCUGGCAAGUCUGGCUAUGACGACAGCACUUUGCCUCUAGUGGACAAAAGUCAAGAUAACGAGAAGGCUGGGAGUCGGGACAUGAUACCUAUGGAUGAACUUGGCCCAGAUGGGUACUCCACCAUCGAUCACCGGGACAAGGAGCGCAAAUACAAGACCACUGAUAGCACAGGGGAUGCCUCUGAGAAAGAACCUUUAAAAAAUGACACAAAUAGGAAAAACAUUAACAGGAGUAACAGGGCUUCGGUGAAUCUGGUGGAUGCCCGUGACAUUAAACCCCAGCCUGUUGACUCCUGGGUCUAA